GGCUCGUUUUAAAAGACCAAUCUCCAAAUUUCGAAAGACUUUGGUUACCCCAGGAUUUCAUUAUCCCAUUGGCGGCUGCCACUAGCACUGCCAUGAUCGUCAACAUUUGAUCCGCCAAUGACGCGCAGAAACAGAUCGGGCGUGGGGCGGCAACUGAGAUGUCUGUCACUUCAAAGUUCACACACGUUCACAGGUUCACCCAACUUUCAUGCAGAUCCGGAGACAUCAUCAUUUAUCGGUCUAGGAUGCAUCCCACUCUCUGCAUGGCUCUAAAUCUUGAGGCGCAAGAAUUCCCUAAUCAGACACCCCCCAAAUCACGGGAAAAUGGAAUUGUUACUAUGCAAAGGCUAUGUAGGUUUCACAGGCAGUCCAACAUAGUCCGUUGCAGAUUCGUCAGGUGCAUUGAAAGGCGUGGUCGUGAAUCCAUGAGAAGCCAGAUCGGCUUCAACAGAGGCAUGAGAAGACGGAGGGCGACGGUUAUCCGCCCUGUUCAUGGGAAGGAGGGGUGUUGGGCCGUCAUCGUCGGCAGCAGACGGGAAUAAGGCGGCGGGACCCCACCGUCGCAAGGAUCCACGGUCUGUGGUCGAUGGAAAGCGUGGGGGGUGCGGCAGAUGUGAGUUUAGGUCCUCCAGGCUAGGAAAGAAUUGCCGAUAGAAGAUGUAUGCAGUGAAGACACCCAAGAAAAAACCAAGUAUAACAUCCUCAGGAUGGUGUCG